AAUAGUGCACAGGGUGUAGCGGCGGAAGGAUACAGCGCUUUCAAUAUAAAUAGCAGUGCCUUUUGUUUUGAGCUGUUAGAUUCGCCGCUGUGACAAGAGAAGAGAAGCUUUAACGUUGUGCUCAUCCAGAAAGGAACAUUUGUUUUGUAAAGAUGCAGAUCUUUGUAAAGACCCUGACCGGCAAGACCAUCACCCUUGAGGUUGAGCCCAGUGACACCAUUGAAAAUGUCAAGGCUAAGAUCCAAGAUAAGGAGGGCAUCCCACCUGACCAACAGAGGUUGAUCUUUGCCGGCAAGCAGCUGGAAGAUGGACGCACCCUGUCCGACUACAACAUCCAGAAGGAGUCCACCCUCCACUUGGUGCUCCGCCUUAGAGGUGGUAUGCAGAUCUUUGUGAAGACCCUGACUGGCAAGACCAUCACUUUGGAGGUGGAGCCCAGUGACACCAUUGAGAACGUCAAGGCUAAGAUCCAGGACAAAGAGGGCAUUCCCCCAGACCAGCAGAGGUUGAUCUUUGCCGGCAAGCAACUGGAAGAUGGACGCACACUGUCUGACUACAACAUCCAAAAAGAGUCAACCCUCCAUCUUGUCCUGCGUCUGCGAGGUGGUAUGCAGAUCUUCGUCAAGACCCUGACCGGGAAGACCAUCACCCUUGAGGUUGAGCCAAGUGACACCAUUGAGAACGUCAAGGCUAAGAUCCAGGACAAAGAAGGUAUUCCCCCAGACCAGCAGCGUCUGAUCUUUGCCGGCAAGCAGCUGGAAGAUGGUCGUACUCUGUCCGACUACAACAUCCAAAAAGAGUCCACCCUCCAUCUUGUCCUGCGUCUGAGAGGUGGUAUGCAGAUCUUCGUCAAGACCCUGACCGGUAAGACCAUCACUCUUGAGGUUGAGCCCAGUGACACCAUUGAGAACGUCAAAGCUAAGAUUCAAGAUAAGGAGGGCAUCCCACCUGACCAGCAGCGUCUGAUCUUUGCUGGCAAGCAGCUGGAAGAUGGACGCACCCUGUCCGACUACAACAUCCAAAAAGAGUCCACCCUGCACUUGGUGCUCCGCCUCAGAGGUGGUAUGCAGAUCUUCGUCAAGACCUUGACCGGCAAGACCAUCACUCUUGAAGUGGAGCCCAGUGACACCAUCGAGAACGUCAAAGCUAAAAUCCAAGAUAAGGAGGGCAUCCCACCUGACCAGCAGCGUCUGAUCUUUGCCGGCAAGCAGCUGGAAGAUGGUCGUACUUUGUCCGACUACAACAUCCAAAAAGAGUCAACCCUCCAUCUUGUCCUGCGUCUGCGAGGUGGUAUGCAGAUCUUCGUCAAGACCUUGACCGGCAAGACCAUCACUCUUGAAGUGGAGCCCAGUGACACCAUCGAGAACGUCAAAGCUAAAAUCCAAGAUAAGGAGGGCAUCCCACCUGACCAGCAGCGUCUGAUCUUUGCCGGCAAGCAGCUGGAAGAUGGACGCACCCUGUCCGACUACAACAUCCAAAAAGAGUCAACCCUCCAUCUUGUCUUGCGUCUGAGAGGUGGUAUGCAGAUCUUUGUCAAGACCCUGACUGGCAAGACCAUCACUCUUGAGGUUGAGCCCAGUGACACCAUUGAGAACGUCAAAGCUAAAAUCCAAGAUAAGGAGGGCAUCCCACCUGACCAGCAGCGUCUGAUCUUUGCCGGCAAGCAGCUGGAAGAUGGUCGUACUUUGUCUGACUACAACAUCCAAAAAGAGUCAACCCUCCAUCUUGUCUUGCGUCUGAGAGGUGGUAUGCAGAUCUUUGUCAAGACCCUGACUGGCAAGACCAUCACUCUUGAGGUUGAGCCCAGUGACACCAUCGAGAACGUCAAGGCUAAGAUCCAGGACAAAGAAGGUAUUCCCCCAGACCAGCAGCGUCUUAUCUUUGCCGGCAAGCAGCUGGAAGAUGGUCGCACUCUGUCCGACUACAACAUCCAAAAAGAGUCCACUCUCCAUCUUGUCCUGCGUCUGAGAGGUGGUAUGCAGAUCUUUGUCAAGACCCUGACUGGCAAGACCAUCACUUUGGAAGUGGAGCCCAGUGACACCAUUGAGAACGUCAAAGCUAAAAUCCAAGAUAAGGAGGGCAUCCCACCUGACCAGCAGCGUCUGAUCUUUGCCGGCAAGCAGCUGGAAGAUGGUCGUACUCUGUCCGACUACAACAUCCAGAAGGAGUCCACCUUGCAUCUUGUCCUGCGUCUUCGUGGCGGCAACUAAUCUGCACUUAAUGUUUAAAUCCUUAAAUUGGUCAAGACCAAAUUUCCCUGUAUUCCCUGUUCUUAUUGAUCAUUCAAUAAAGUUCUAGCAUUCCA